AAGUAGUGAAACUGCUAAGUUGGAAGAGAAUGGCAAGAAGAGUUUCUGCAACAUUAUAAGUUCUGAUCCUCAGCCGAUAAUUAUUGAAGCCAUCGUCAUCUACUGCAACUUACGUUCGUUUGAGUUGCUCACAAGGUCUGACAAAUAGGCCGUCAUUAUGACAGCUUUUAUCAUUGAGACAUCACCCUUGAAGUUCAGAUAGGUGCUGAUAGCUAAUAUAGGAGAUAUUCUCCCACAUGGAUUUAUCAUAGCUGUCUAGAGUCUAGACUCUAGACAAUGGCGAAAAGGAAACCGGAUCCCCCUCCCGAUGGGGCCGAAUCGCACCCGUUUCAUUCUUUGAAAAGGUUCAAGUGUACAAACUGCAGUAACUCGUCUGAACCAGCUGGAAAUGAUUUACCAUCUACUUCUGGCGUAAACAGGAGGUCAAAUUUACCUCCUCGUUCUAGAAAUAAAAGAUUGAUCCUGUUUGAGAUCUCUAGCACGCCAGAGGAUGGCCAAAAUAUUCAUCAGCAUAUGCCAAGUUCAGGAGAUAUUUGUGGAAGUCUGCAUUCCUCCCAUGACUCCCAUGAACAUGUACAAAGAAUUAGCAUCAAUACUCCUUCGGAUUGGCAGAUUACCAGUAAGAAUUUGCAACAUAACGCCAGGAAUCCCCAAAACCAUCUAGGAGAACACAUUAAGGCUACUUUGGGCAAGGUAACUACUGACAAACGCCUGGGAUUACCAGUUGGAAGUCAGCAAAACCUAUCUGGAAGUCUACCGAACAUUAAAACAACCUUAGAUGAGAAACCUGAGAGCGAAAACGAGCGAGAUAGUAUCCGGAAUCACCAAGUCCAGCAAAAAACCUUCGAAAGUAGGCGCAGCUCUUCUGGACAUCUACCGAAUCUGAGUCUAAAAAUUGAUGGCAAAAAGCAGCAGGUUGUCCUUGAAUGGCAGACACCCAGUCUGCAGUAUCUGCCAGAUACGUCACAGCGUAGCCGCCGAACUGAACAAGAGCAAAUAAUUGAUGACAUUGCUGCCAUGCUGGAAAGUGAACUGCCAGAAUCUCUGAUGUGGCAGGGAGAUUCCCGUGGAAGCGGCGGUGGUGGGGGAGGUGUCAACGUCAAUGGCAUGAUGGAAGGUGGAGGAGGAGGUGGUGGGGGCCCUGGAGACUGUCCACAACAGCAGUUGACACACUUAUUACAAACAAAAACCACUCCUCAAAAUAUGCCUGGGAAUAAUGCCAUGGGAGGUGGCCCUCACUCCAUGCCAAAUCAAGGCAGCAUGAUAGUAAAUGCCUUGACCAAUUCCAAGAGUCCGCAUGGGGGUGCAAUGCAGUCUCCUCAGAAUUCAAAUCUAGCCAUGUCUGGUGUACCAACUUCAAGCCAACAACUUGGAAUGAGUGAUUCAGUGAAUAAUUUAAACACAAUGCCUAAUAGUAUAGCCAGUUCGAUGGCAGGCAGUAUCCCAGGCUCCAUGUCCAUGUCUAUGGCUUCUAGUGGUGCCGUCUCCUCAAUGAGUCUUGUCAACACAAACACUUCUAUGGGUCUUAGUAGUAUGGCCAAUAGUGCAGGUGUUGGUGGAGGUGGCAUGAACACUAUUGUAUCAAAUAUUAAUACAAUGAAUACGAUGAAUUCCAUGAACAAACCUCAAGGCGUAGUGACGACUAUGAACAUGAAUAGCCCUUUAGUGUCUCAGAUGAAUGAUGGGUUGCCCAAUGGUCCCUUAGCAGGUCUGAACAGACCUAUGGUGCCGCCCAAUAUCAGAGGACCGUCACCGCAACCUAUGAACGCUGGACCUGGUCCCCAGAUGGGGCCAAGACAUCCCCCAAUGGGCUCUGGGCAGCUGGGUGCCCCCAGAUUACAAAAUCCUGGACCAGGAAUGGGUCAACCUCCUAUAUCGGGAAGCUAUAGUUUUGGUGGUGCAGGUGUUACUCAAGGAAUUGAAGGAAAUGUGGGUCAGGUAAACCCAGGAAUGGGCCCUGGUCAGCGUCCUCUCGGCAUGAACAUAGGACCACGUUAUCCAAACCAGGAUGUCAUGAGCAUGAUGGGGACAAUGCCCAGAGUUCCGCAAGCAAGUGGCCCGGGACCAACUGUUCCUGGAGGACAGAAUGUACCAAGUGGUCCUCCAGUAGGCCCCCCAGGAGCUAUUGCUACUGGAGCAGGAGCUCCAGGUGGUCCUGGUGGCCCACAAGGUCCAACACAGAUAGUUCCUGGGCAAACACGACCCAAUCCUGCAGAUCCAGAGAAAAGGAAGUUAAUCCAACAACAGCUGGUACUGCUGCUUCAUGCCCAUAAAUGCCAGCGUCGAGAAAGUCAAGCAAAUGGAGAGGUGAGGCAGUGCAACUUACCUCACUGCAAGACAAUGAAGAGUGUUCUUUCACACAUGACCACAUGUCAAUCUGGGAAGUCCUGCCCUGUCCCACAUUGUGCAUCUUCAAGACAAAUCAUAUCUCACUGGAAGAAUUGCUCCCGUCAAGACUGCCCUGUCUGUGAACCUUUGAAACAGGCAGACAAGAAACAACAGCCUGGAGCUGCAGGAGCUGCUGGUGCUGCUGGGGCAGGGGCAGCCCAAGCAGGUGGAGGUGCACCUGUACCAGGUCAAAUGCCAACGACUGUAUCUCAGCCUUCCCCCAGCCCAGGAGGAGUGACAGGCAAUCUGACAGGUCCCCCUGGUCCUCCUGCCCCUCCUAAUGUAUCUGGACAGAUGCCACCUAUACCCACUGGUCAGAAUGCUGGACCAAGGCCUGGUGUCAAAAGAGGGUAUGAAGGAGACAAUUUACAGCCACCUAUGGCAGGCCCUACAGCUCCAACAGACAAUAUGAUGAGAAAUUUGAGACCACCACAGGUUCCUAAUGCUGGUGUAUCAGGGAUGCCUCCCAAUGCCCAACAAGGUCCUCCAGCUGGUGUUCAGGGAACACCAAUGGGAGUACCUGGAGCUCCAGGUAUUCAGGGGCAAUUGGUUAGAGCUUGUGUACCCAAUAAGGCUCCUGAUGGAAGUAUGAUGGGUACCACAGCUCCUCAAGCUAUCAACUCGCCGGGAAUGAUGGUACGUUGUCCAACUACUGCCACAGCUCCCAUGAAUUCUCUUCAGCAGCAACAAAUCAUUGGAAAGCCCCCAAAUGUUGGCCUCAAUCAAAACAAUCCUGUGUCUUUAGCAGAGACUUUCCUUAAUCUGCCCAACCAACCUGCACAGUUACCUCCUGCCUUUGGAGCUGUUACUGCCAAGCCUGUGAAGGGGACCAAAGAAUGGCACCAAAGUAUAUCUAAUGAACUAAGAAACCACCUUGUACAUAAGCUUGUGCAGGCCAUAUUUCCAACAACAGAUCCUCAAGCCAUGCUGGACAAGAGAAUGCAAAAUCUUGUUGCAUACGCAAGAAAAGUUGAAGGCGACAUGUUCGAAAUGGCUAACUCAAGGCCUGAAUAUUACCAUCUCUUGGCUGAGAAAAUUUACAAGAUUCAGAAGGAGCUUGAAGAAAAAAGGCUACAAAGAAAGAAUUUACCUCGUGAUGGGGUUGCUGGUCCUGGUCCAGGUGGACCUGGACCUGGUGCAGGUCAAGGACCAUGCCCAGCUCCUGCCCCAUCUCAAGCCCCAACUCAAGGGACAGCACAAGCUCCUGUACCUUUACAACCUGGCCCCAUGGUUCAGCCAGGUCAAAUUCUUACUCCAACUACAUCAGGAACACCUCCAAUUGGUCGACCUCCCCCUGGGCCUCGUGUGCCUCACCCAGGAGGAAACCUUCCAAUGCCUAACAGCCAAGCCUCACAGCCAUCAACUGGUUGUCAGAAUAAUCAGCAGAUGAGCAUAGGUCCUAUUGCUGGUCCCAUUACAACAACUGCUCCUACUACUGGUACUCCACAGUUUCCUGGUUCAGUUCAACACACAGAUGGCAUGCCUGGAGCUCCACGGCCUAACAUUCCCCCACCUCCCUACAGUACUGCAAAUGAUACCCAGGCCAUGAACCAAAUUCCAAAUCGCACCUCACCUGCCAUACCUGUGUCUUCAGUGGCUGCUACAUUGGGCAUCCCAAUGAAUAGCAUGAGUUCACAGAGUAGUGUUAGUUCUAUCAAUAGUUUAACUUCUUCAGAAAAUUCAUUCCCACCAACCUCCCAACCAGGAAUUAUCACAACUAAUGCAAACAGUGAGAAUACUGUAGCUCUGACAUCUAUUCAUACAAAAGACAAUGCCAUGGGGAAUCAGCCUACGCCUUCAGAGAUGACUGAUGAUAAGUCGGACAUUAAACCUUGCCCCAUGAAUGUCAAGAGUGAGCCUGCUGACAUGCCAGCUGAAUCUGAAGAAUCGGAAGGAAAGGAUAUUAAGACUGAAAUUAAAUCUGAACCAAUGGAAGUCAAUACCUCAUUAGAAGAGGGGAAUGUCAAACAGGAACCAUGUGUGAAAGAUGAGCCCAAGACCCCAGUAACAAUGACGCCAACUGAACCUGAUAAAGCUGGUGAGGGACCAGCCAUAGGUGAUAAGCCUGCCAGUAGUGGUGUUGCCCCCAGGAGACCACCACCACCACCAACAAAUCCAGCUCAAAUUGUUUCACCACCAGCGCCAAAAGAUAGAGCCCCUCUUUUCAAACCUGAUGAGUUGCGGCAACACCUAGUCCCAACACUGGAAAAGCUGUACCGUCAGGAUCCAGAAUCAAUUCCUUUCAGACAACCAGUUGAUCCCCAUGCCUUAGGCAUUCCUGAUUACUUUGACAUCAUUAAAAAACCCAUGGAUUUGUCAACUAUCAAGCGGAAGUUAGACACAGGACAAUAUACAGAUCCUUGGGAUUAUGUUGAUGAUGUUUGGCUUAUGUUUGAUAAUGCUUGGAUUUAUAAUAGGAAAACAUCUCGUGUCUACAGAUACUGCACAAAGCUUGCUGAGGUGUUUGAAGCAGAAAUUGAUCCAGUAAUGCAGCAGCUUGGCUACUGCUGUGGACGAAAGUAUACCUUCAACCCCCAGGUGUUGUGUUGCUAUGGAAAGCAACUUUGUACUAUUGUUCGUGAUGCCAAAUAUUUCAGCUACCAAAACAGGUAUACUUACUGUGUCAAGUGUUUCAAUGAUAUACAAGGGGACAGCAUAACCUUAGGCGAUGAUCCCUCACAGCCAGCUUUGACAAUCAAGAAGUCACAGUUUGUGGAAAUGAAAAAUGAUGCUUUGGAUUUAGAACCUUUAGUCGAGUGUCUUGAUUGUGGCCGUAAACAGCAUCAAAUAUGUGUAUUAUAUAUGGAAAACAUUUGGCCCCAAGGCUUUGUGUGUGAUGGAUGUCUUAGAAAAAAGAAUCAGAAACGGAAAGAAAAUAAAUUUACUGCUAAGAAACUUCCAACUACUAAGCUAAGUAACUUUCUGGAGGCACGGGUAAACAACUUUUUAAAAAAGAAAGAAGCAGGUGCGGGUGAGGUCUAUAUCAGGGUUGUAUCUUCUACGGAUAAAAUUGUUGAAGUCAAAGGAGGCAUGAAGACAAGGUUUGUGGAUACUGGGCAGCUUUCUGCAGAGUUCCCAUAUCGUGCCAAAGCAUUGUUUGCUUAUGAAGACAUUGAUGGGCACGACGUUUGUUUCUUUGGUAUGCAUGUUCAGGAGUACGGCUCUGACAGCCCUUCUCCAAACACUCGGAGAGUGUAUUUAGCAUACCUAGAUAGUGUACAUUUCUUUAAACCUAGGCAGUAUAGGACUGCCGUCUACCAUGAAAUAUUACUUGGUUACCUGGAUUAUGUUAAGCAAUUAGGGUACACAAUGGCCCAUAUUUGGGCUUGUCCACCUUCAGAGGGGGAUGAUUACAUUUUCCAUUGUCACCCCAGUGAUCAGAAGAUUCCUAAACCAAAACGCCUGCAAGAAUGGUACAAGAAGAUGCUUGAUAAAGGCAUCAUAGAAAGAAUAGUUUUAGAUUAUAAGGAUAUACAUAAACAGGCUUAUGAGGACAACAUGAAAUCACCGGCAGAAUUGCCUUACUUUGAAGGUGACUUUUGGCCUAAUGUCAUGGAAGAGAGUAUAAAGGAGUUAGACCAAGAAGAGGAAGAAAAAAGAAAACAGGAGGAGGCUGCAGCUGCAGAGGCAGCUGCUCAAGCAGCAAUGGGUCAGGAAGAAGAAGAGGAGACCAGUCAGGAUGGCAAGAAGAAAGGGCAGAAGAAGCAGAAAAAUAAGAAUAAGAACAAAAAUCAACAAAAGAACAAGUCUAAGAGUAAAAGCAGUGCAGCUGGCUGCAAUGAUUUAGCACAGAAAAUCUUUGCAACAAUGGAAAAGCACAAAGAUGUCUUCUUUGUCAUUAGGUUACAUAGUGCCCAGAGUGCUGUUAGUCUACCACCCAUACAAGACCCUGACCCUGUGAUGGUAUGUGAUCUCAUGGAUGGCAGAGAUGCCUUCCUCACUUUAGCAAGUGAACGCCACCUUGAGUUCUCCUCCUUGCGACGAGCAAAAUAUUCUACCAUGGUCAUGAUGUAUGAAUUGCAUAACCAAAGCCAGGAUAGGUUUGUGUACACGUGCAAUAAUUGUAAGGCCCAUGUUGAAACUAGGUUCCAUUGCCAGGAGUGUGAUGACUUUGAUCUUUGUGUGACUUGCUUCAAGAAUGAGGGCCAUCCUCAUAGGAUGAUUAAACUUGGGCUUGACCUCGAAGACGGCUCUGCAUCCACAGAGAACAAAAACCUCAACCCACAGGAGGCACGCAGGCAGUCUGUGCAGCGUUGCAUACAAUCGUUGGUGCAUGCUUCUCAGUGCAGAGAUGCAAAUUGCAGGCUCCCAUCUUGCCAGAAGAUGAAACGUGUUCUAUCUCAUACCAAGUCAUGUAAGCAGAAAAGUAAUGGUGGUUGUUCAAUUUGUAAACAGCUUAUUGCUCUGUGCUGUUAUCAUGCAAGAAAUUGUAAAGAGCAGAGGUGUGUUGUACCAUAUUGCUAUAAUAUCAAGCAGAAAUUAAGGCAGCAAGAAAUGCAGCAGAGAUUCCAGCAGCAACAGUUAAUGAAGAGGAGAAUGCAGCAGAUGAAUGCUCGCAGUAUGCCUUCAUUACCACAAUCGAAUCCUCCAACCUCACAGCCAGUACAAAGCCCCAUCCACACUCCAACAGUGCCAGGCGUGAAACCAGCCACACAGGCACCACCACCCCCAAAUGUUAUGAAAGCAAUUGCCCAGGUUCAGGAAGAAGCUGCAAGACAACAAGGCCCUGCCACAGCUGUAAGUUACGGCAAGGGUAAUCCUGGUAAUGGAGGGGUUAACCAAGCCCCGAUGAUGCCUCAGCACAUGGCUCCCCAACAGCAAGUUCGUGCUCAGAUGCCCAUGGGCCCAAUGCCUACCAUGGGACCUCAGGUCACACAUAUGCCCCCUCUGGGGAAACCAAAUAUGAUGCAGCAGCAACAGCAACAGCAGCAGCAGCAGCAACAACAACUGUCACAGAACAGAGGACUUCCUGGCAUGGAAAUGUGGAAUAAGUACUCUAAUCCUGGUGGUAUGCCAGGUCAGCAGCAGCCUAAUCAAGGUAUCAGACCAGGAAUGAUGAGUCAGCCUAACCCCUUGGGUAACCCAGGACCUGGGCCUGGUCCAGGGUCAGCUCUAAUGGGUCCUCCUGGUCAACCGAAUCAACCUGGUCAGCCUGUUCAACCAGGUCAGCCUGGAGGUCAGCCACAAAGAAAUGCUACGCAAGCCUUACAGCAGCUCCUUCAAACUUUGAAGAAUCCCUCAGGCCCCCAUCAGCAGUCAGAAGUGUUACAAAUACUCAAAACACAUCCUCAGUUAAUGGCAGCUUUCAUCAGACAUCGUCAGAUUCAACAACAAAGUCAGCAGGCACAGCAACAGCAGCAGGCUCAGCAACAGCAGCAGCAACAACAACAGCAGCAACAGCAGCAGCAGCAGCAGCAACAGCAGCAGCAGCAACAGCAGCAGCAGCAGCAGCAACAGCAGCAGCAGCAGCAACAACAACAACAGGCACAGCAGCAGCCCCAACCUGGACCUGGAGGUCAACCUGGAAUGAUAACUCAAGGUGGAGCAGGAAUGCCGAGCAAUGUACAGGGUUCUUUACAACCAAACUUGCAACCAGGUGGGAUGCAGCCAAACAUUCAACCUGGGGGAAUGCCAACACAAAUGCAGGGUACAUUAGUAAGUCAGCAACCGCCAUUAGGUGUCCCUCCGACUCAAGCAACUAUGAACCAGCAGCAAUGGUAUCAACAGAAGAUUUUGAUACGGCAACAGCAGCAGCAACAGCAACCUCAGCAAGGAAAUUUCCAACCACCUCAGGCACCUAUGUAUGCGCAGAGACGGCAAGUAAAUUUCCAGCAGCAUAAUUUCCAGGGUGGUGAUGGCCAAUUUGGUCAAAGUUUCCCACAACAGCAGCAAAUGAUAAUGCAGCCUCAGCAGAUGAAACCUGUUCCGCCGUCAAUGUCACCGCAGUCUGUUGCCCCCGGUAUGAUGCCUCCAGGCUCUGCAAUGACCAACCCGUCCCCACAGCAAUUAAUACAGUCAGUCACUUCUCCUCCUCCUAGUAAUUUACCACAGACUGUCCGAUCACCACAGCCCAAUCCUUCACCACGUAACCAUGGUCCAACCCCAUCACCAAGAGCGGGACCAGUGCAAUCGCCACAUCACCCUGCACCUGUACAUUCUCCGCACCAUGGUAGCCAGCAGGGGCCAGGAAUGGCUACGAGUGGCGGUCCAGGGGAUUCAAUGAUGCUUUCCCAACUAGGAGCGGGAAGUGGACAUCAGACUCACCAAGGCUUGCCUCCUAUGCAGCCUGCCAAUAAUCAACAAAUGGGAGGCAUGGUGGCUACCUCUGAGGCAGAUGUAACUCCACAAGACAAAUUAUCAAAGUUUGUGGAGACUUUAUAGUACCAGUGUGCUACUUAGCCCUUGUAGAUAGUAUCUUGUACAUAUUUUGUAAUUAAGUCUUGGAUUCUCAUACAGACGACAAAUGUGAUUGUUAUUUUUGCAGUGCUUUGUAUCUGCAAAAUGGAAAAUUAUAAUGCUUCUUUGAAGCGAACAAUGAAAAUUACUGUAAACUUGAGCUAAACACUCAUGCCAAUUCCUUAAAAGACAAUGUACUUGCCCAUUAUGGGUCUUUAGGCUUAUGAGGAAGAGUUAGAAAAUGAAUUACAAGAAAGAUAGAAAAUUUUAUUACAGUAACUUUGUACAACUUUGCAUUAGUCAUUAUUUUUGGGCAGUUGCUGUCUUAAUUUUGAAGAGUGCAAAUAGGUCUUUUGCCAAGAUAUUAGCUAGAUAUGUUUUGUGCAUUCUAGCUUGCUGAAAUACUAAAGCAGGAUGUACUGGGUUGGGGGGGGAUUGUGCCUGUACAUUUCUGUAUCAUUCAACAAAGAACUCAGAAGGAGAAUACAAAUGUUAAUAACUAUUAUGAUUCCCCUCUGUCCCAACAUCCCUCAUGUGCAGAAGACCAGAGUGCGGGCACAACCUCUACAGUAACCUCCCUUCAUCUUCGACAUUCCCUAUAGGUAAAUCACACAUGCCCAAGGGAGGUAUGCUGUCUCUGCCGGCACUGUCUUUUUAUUUGACAGUCGAGGGUGACAGGGCAGCAGGGGAAAGUGUUCAUGUGCAGCAGACCUGAGCGAUAGCUGCUGCUACUAUCACCCCGCAACAAACUCGUACACAUUGCCUCCGUUAUCCCGGUCGACCAUUUACCUAUUGAAGGGGAGACAAAGGGAUUGACUGUAUGGCCUAAUGGUAGGUAUAUGGGCAGGGGGAGUGGCAGCCAGUUUUCCUCCCGUCUUGACGCGUCACCCACCUGUCCUCAAAACUUUAAUUUAUUUCUUUAAAGAUUUGAUAAGUUUGUUUUUCCAACGCUCAACGUGAUGUAUGUAUGUAAAUUGUUGAUUGUAUUGUCUACCAACACCUGCUCAUUGGAAGUUCCCUGUUCUUGUCCUAUGUAAUUGUACUUUAAAUGGGCAUAUAAAAUUUUUUAACUGUCAGGUCCCCCACUUUGUUAUGUUGAAUGUUGACCAAUGAGGAUGUGUUGAACAGAGGAUUUGAUUAUUUUAUAAUAAAUAUAUGAUGAAAA